AUGGCCGACAAGCAGGAGCUUGAGGAUUUUUCCGACGAUUCCUCCAUUGCGGAGGAGGUCGAUCUCUCCGAUGACGAGUCCGACCAGGAAGUCGACGUCUUCAACCUCACCAAAGCUCCCGUCGCAGAGAAGGACGCCGAGGAGGAGGAGCUCGAGCGCCUGGUCCUCGGAAGCAAAGCGAGCUUCCGCCAAAACCUCUUCAGCAACGAUUCCCUGGCCGACUUUGAUCUUCUUGAGAAGGAACGCCAACUACAGCUCACCAAGGCUGACGAGCCCAAUCUCGAAGGCGUCGACGAUGCCGACCUUUUCUUCGUCGACGCCGCGCCCAGUGCACCCGGCCAGCACAGCACACAACCGAAGAAGACCGAAAAGGAGGCUGCAGCAUCGGCCGCCGCGCCGGCCUGGGAGGAUAGUGAUGACGAGCGAUUGACUGUAUCGCUGGCGGGCGUGUCACAGCUGCGCAAGCUGCGUAUUGCCGAGAGCGAGGAUGUGGUCACAGGAGCCGAGUACGCGCAGAGGCUUCGACGCCAGUACCUGGCGCUGAACCCCCUCCCAAAGUGGGCUAGAGAAGCCGAGGGCAGGCCUGCCAAGAGGAGAAGAAGGUCGUCCGCUGCGGCGUCAGAUUCGUCCAGCAACUCCGACGAUGACGAUGCCGAGGAGAGCGACAGUGAGCUUUCUGCGGCGCCGCUGGAGAAGCUGCUGCGCGACGUCGGUCGUCUCGCGGGCAAGGACGACGGCAAGAAGAGGAGGCUGCGGCCCGAGGUCAUCGACAUUCAGCGAACCCGCCCCUUACCCGACACACACAAGGCCGCCGUCGGCAACCUCUCCUUCCACCCCGAGUAUCCCGUGCUGCUCUCGUCGAGCGUCGCGUCGGUACUUUUCCUCCACCACAUCAACCCUACGGCACACCCGACACCCAACCCCAUGUUGACCUCGGUGCAGGCCAAGCAGAUCGACGUCAGGAGAGCCGAGUUCCUCUACCCCGGCGGCGAUCAGAUUUUCUUCGCCGGCCGCCGAAAGUACUUCCACAGCUGGGACCUGCAGUCAGGCCUGGUGCAAAAGACGUCACAGAUUCAAGGCCACAAUGCCGAACACAAGUCGAUGGAGCGCUUCAAGCUCAGCCCCUGCGGACGGUAUAUGGGUAUCGUGGCAUCGUCGAGGAAAGGCGGUGGUAUUAUCAAUAUUAUCAGCGUUGGCUCAAGGCAAUGGAUCGCCGCAGCGCGCCUCGACAGCCGUCACGGUAUCGCCGACUUUGCGUGGUGGAGCACGGGCGACGGCCUCACGAUACUCGGACGAGGCGGUCAGGUUGGCGAGUACAGCAUGGAAGAGCGAAAGUUCCUCGGCAUCUGGCACGACGAGGGCUGCAUCGGCGGCAUUGUCGUCGCGCUCGGCGGCCACCAGGGUCCUGCCACCCUCGGUAACGAUCGGUGGGUCGCUGUCGGCUCGAACAGCGGUGUCACGAACAUUUACGACCGUGCCGAGCUCUUCGCGACAAACAAGGCGGGCGUCGACACGAUCAAGGCCAACCCGGAACCCAUACGUCGCUUCGAGCAGCUUGUCACACCCGUCACCGUCCUCACGUUCUCGCCUGAUGGACAGCUGCUCGCCUUUGGCAGCCAGCACAAGAAGGAUGCCCUCAAGCUUGCGCAUCUGCCGAGCUGCACCGUGUACAGGAAUUGGCCGACAGAAAACACCCCUCUCGGACGGGUGACGUGUGUUGCAUUUGGAAGGAAGAGCGACCUGCUCGCCGUCGGAAAUGACGUCGGCAAGAUCAGACUAUGGGAGAUUAUGAGCUAG